CAGCACCUGCUUUCUUUCAUGGCACUUCCUCUGCGGGCACAAUCCCCUCCCAGGAGCCCUGAACCAAAAUUCGAGUACUGCCUCCAGUGUCGAGUACAUCCACCAGGGACUGCUCUAACACAGAAGUUCUCUCCAAGGAGCUGCUGCUGGUUUGUACCUCCCCGGGGCAGCAUCUCCGGCACCACCAACGAUGGGUGAGGUGCUUUCCUUAGCAAAUAAAGGCAUCCUCAUCCUCUUUCUGGAGCUCACCUCCAGUAUUUGGAUACCAGCUCCAAAACUGUGUGUGUCCAGGGAUCUCUUUCAGAGAAACCUUUCCAGAAGAGAAAACUCAGUGGUUUGUACCUGCCUAGGGAACCCUGUAAUGUCAUCCUUUUCUUUCAGGUGGCCAGCAGCUGACAAGGACAAGGAUGAAUACUGCUUUAUUUAAAUUGACAAUGAUUAGAUGAAAAUGUAGAAAGAGAAAAAUGCAAAAUGGCAAAACAACAAUCUGAUCAGAGUUAUUUACUAUCCAAUUAAGCUGCUAAUACAGUGCUCUAUUGCACCAAUAACAUAGCCAGUUUAAUAACUAUCAAAUAGAGGCUGAUGUUGUUACUGACCACGGGCAAGUCUGUCACUCAUCCUCCAGAGCUGUCCCUGAGGGGUGUUUCCACCCAAGGGAAGGAUCUUCAUGCAAAUCAAGGAGAUAUGCUGGGAAAACUGGGACUGAUCUUUUUUAGUAUGACGAGGUUGAUUGUCCUGCAACUUUUACAUUUUGUGUUGUCCUCAGCAGAACAUCUUUGAGUCAGAUAUUGCCAGCUCUUUGGUUUCUCCUCAAAACUUCCAUCUCUCACUUCCCUAGCAGGCUCUUCCACAUUCCUGUCCUCCUGACAAUCCUCAGUCAGGAGGAGCACCCUUAUGAGGGGCGUAGUUUGAGAGUUUGGUCAAGCUGGUCUCAGCAUUCUUCACCACUGAUCCCAGUGUUCUACUAAACCCUGUUUUUUUUUAAUACAUCACCAGAAAUUUGUAAAUAAGACAAAGAAGGGGUUCUUUAAAGCUGUCCCAGCCCUUCCAAAUGGAACAGCUCCAGUGCCCCUGCCCCUCAUAAUGCAGUUGCUUGUUCCUCACACCAGUCCCCUGGUCCCAGGAACAGGAGAGCUUCAUCUCCAUCCCUUACAGAGACAGUGAGACCCCUCUGGAGCUAUGUCUGUGUCUCCAGCUCCCAAUGCCUACGUUCCCACUGCUUCCAGCUCUCCCUCUUUGCCGACUGGUUUCUAGGUCUGCCUCAUAUCCAAGUUUUCAUCCAUUACAUGUAACUCUGUCGCCUUAGGGCAAAUGGAAUCUCACUGGACAAGUGGGAAAUCAGGUGGAUGCAGCAAAAACACUCUCCUACCUUUGAAGAAGUCAUGAAGGUCAGCAUGGACUCUGCAUUUAAGUGAGAGAAGGCCUCCAGAAGAAAAAGAUGGCAUUAUCUACUUGAAUGUUUUUGCUUCAAUAGACUGGAAAUAAUAGAGCUCAAGGUCUGGGUAAGAGGCAUCCAUCCCACCCCUUCACUGCCCCACCAGCUCUGUGGUUCUGUGCUUCUCUGCCAUGUAACCCUGGCCCUCACUUAAUCUGCUUAUUGAAAGCAUUUCCCCAGUUUUUCUGAUGUUGCAGCCUCCUCCACCCAUCUGCCUCACUGCUUUCUCCAAGGGACAGGUUUUACCAUAUUCCUUUCUUAAAGAAAGUCUUUUCUUUGCACUUUUUGGCCUCAGCUUCCGGAGUUCUGUGGUUUUUGCUGUGUGCCCAAGUGUGUUUAAAAGGAGUAAGUAUUCCAUAUGAAGAAGAAGGGGAAUGACUUGCUCCCAUGGACUACAGACAUAAAGGUAAAAUUUUAAAAGUGGAACUGCCUGGGAAGUCUCAUCAUUUUAGGUCAUUUUUGUUACCUUGGCAUUUCCAAUCUCCUUCAGAGAUGAUGGAGGUGGUUUGCCCUGCAGUUUGAUUGCCCUCAUCCCUGGAUGUCUGUGGGACAUUUCUAGGUCCCACUGUUUGCCCCGUGUCACAUCCUGGCCUGCUUUGGCCACCAGCCCCCUCGUGUCCUCUGCUGUGAUCACCUCAGGUGUGCAGGGACCACGCUUGGCUCACUGUGCAAAUCAAAGGGGGCUCGAGGCUGUCCAGAUGGGUGGGCACAGGUGUCCCCUGCUGCCCUCAGCUGUCACCCCAGUGCCACUCAGCCCUGCCCAGGGACCUGUCUGGCACGCUCAGUCCGUGCGGGGACAGCCGAACUCUGCUGCCAGCGCCCCGGGGCUGCCCCUGCAUCUCCCAAACACCUCCCAUGUGACUCCAGGUCACAGGGUUUGGCCACACCUGUGCCACUCACAGCUGUCUUCAUCUGUCAGCAGGAAGCAGGAAGGAAAGGAACCAGGGCAGGAAGGGGAGAAAAGAGGAAGAAACGAGGGCAGGAAAGGAGGGAGAGAGAGAGAGGAGAGAGGGAGAGGUAAGGAGGCUGCAUUCAGCAGUGAGAAGAGUGGCUGAGAAGCACCGUGCCAGAGGCUUCCAAUGUCCUCCUCAACUUCCACCAGCACUUUGCCCAGCGGCCUGGCCGUCCUGACGACCUUCCCAGAUGUGCUCUUCAUCCCAGAAAUCAUCUUUGGGGGCCUUGUGUGGAUCCUGGUGGCAUCCUCGAAGGUCCCAGAACCCAUGCUGCAGGGCUGGGUGAUGUUUGUCUCCGUGUUCUGCUUCGUCAUGUCCAUCUCCCUCCUGUGCCUCUACCUCUGCGGGGCUCACGGCGGCGGUGGCAGCUGCUGGGUCACCUUGGAUGUCAUCUGCCACAGCACGGCAGCGCUGUUCUACCUCAGCGCCGCGGUGCUGGAAGCCUACGUGACCUAUGUGCUUGGCCUCUUCCUGCCCCUGGUACAGGAGUACAGGGAGAACAUUGCUGCUGUGGUAUUUGCAUUCGUGGCCACCCUGCUUUACGUGAUCCACAAGGUGUUCUCGCUCCUGCGGUGGAAAUCGUCCUGAGAGCCUGAACAACCCCAGGAACAACGGCUGCUGUCUCCAGGCUGGGUUUGGGUUUUGUUUUGUAAUGUAUAGCUUAGAAACAUGCAGCUUUUUAUGUGGGAUCUUGGCGAUGAAGACAAGGAACCUGCCAGAGAACCUGCCAAACAUCUUGGCACAAUCUGUUUCCCUUCAAUAUCUUACAGGCUGGGUACAGUUUGAUGCUGGGGCUAAAAUAAAAAAAUAAGCCAUCCAGCUUUAGAAAAACAUAGUAUAGUUGGGUUCAAAGGGCUAAAAUGUGCCUGGACUUCGCCUUUACGUGUCCAGGGUUGUUACUGGUAUCAGGUGAAAAGUGAACAACAAACACCAAGGAGCACAAGUGCGAAACUGUGUCAUUUUAAUUGCUGUGUGCCCAUUUAAGUGUGUUUCCCCCACUAAAACCGCUGUACAAAUCAAUAUUUUCAUGCAGCUUCUGAAAACGCCUUCUCUGACUUGCAAUGAGCAAUGGGAACAAUAUUUAUCUCAGCUCAGGAGCAAUGCGGAUCACUGCAGCUCCUGAAGGGUGCUGCUGAAUUCUGAGGUACGACCGUAAGGCCCAGGAAUUACCACUGCCCUUGAUACCACCCCUACAAAGCACAGCCUGGAAGGGGUGCAGUGGGCUGUAGGAGAAUUCUCUGGGUGAUCAGAAUCAAAUCCUCAGUAAGCAGAGGCAAUCGGCUCCUGCAUUUGGUGAAUGGCUACUCUCUCACACAUUGCCAUGGUGUCACUAAUAAAGAUGGGUUUGCUGUGA